AUGGAGUGGAAAAGGUACAGACGCCUUCACCAUCGUAGGGGCGUGGAAGGCGCUGGGGCGGAGUCAGGAGCGGCUGGUGUAAGCAUCUUGAAGCCCCUUGUUGGCAACCCUAUGGAUCCUAACCUCAUGACCAACCUCGAGACGUUUUUCACCAUGCAGUACCCGAAGUAUGAGCUUCUGUUCUGCAUACAGGAGGAGGGGGACCCAAGCAUUAUGGUGGUGCAACAACUAAUGAAGAAGCACCCACACGUCGAUGCUUCCUUCUUCGUGGGUGGCAAGGAAGUAGGCGUGAACCCCAAGAUCAACAAUAUGCAGCCUGGUUACAUGGCAGCUAAACACGAGCUUCUCCUGGUGUCAGACUCAGGGGUCAUGAUGAAGGAGGAUACCCUAAGUGACAUGGUGGCACACAUGACUCCUGACGUGGGCAUAGUUCACCAAAUGCCCUUCUGCUGUGACAGGAAAGGCUGGCCUGCUAUUCUGGAGAAGGUAUACUUCGGGACGGGGCACGCCAGGAUGUACCUGUUCCUGGGGCUGCUGGAUGCUCUGCGGCUGAGGGUCAACUGCUGCACCGGAAUGUCUUGCCUCAUGAGGAAGAAAGUGCUGGAUGAGGCGGGAGGUAUCAGUGCCUUUGGGAUCUACCUAGCUGAGGAUUACUUCUUUGCCAAGUUUAUCCAAGACCGAGGGUGGGGCAUCCGCAUCGCCUCCCAGCCCGCCUGGCAGAACUCGGGGACCUGUCGGGUGAAGACCUUCCUCUCACGGCUGACCAGGUGGUGCAAGCUGCGAGUGGCCAUGGUGCCGCACACUAUCCUGCUGGAGCCAUUCAGUGAGUGCAUGCUGCUGGGCCUGGUGGCUUCCUGGGCCGGCACUGUGCUGCUCAGGGCUGACUACCUCACCUUCUUCCUCUUUCACACCCUCACCUGGUCCCUGGCAGAUUGGGUCAUGCUCAAUAUUGUGCAGAACCUUAAAAACAUCCUCCAAAACCUGUCACUUCAACUAGAGCUUAUUGAAAGUAGUGGAGGUGUGGGCAGAAGUGUUUCAGAAUAUGGUCCAUAA